CAGGCGUGCCGGACGCUCACGGUGCGGCAGUUCUGCCGCGAGGCGGCGGGGGCGCUGCAGCGCUGCUCGCGCGAGAGCGGCGGCCGGCGCGACGCCUGCCAGCCGGAGGGGCACAGGUUCGAGGUCUGCGCGAACGAGGCCAUGCCAGAGGUGAUCAGGGCCAUCAUGGCCUCGGCCUCGCGGCGGUGCCCCGCGGAGGUGGCGAGCUUCCAGCGCUGCGCCCGCGAGCGGGGCUCGGAGGAGCUCUGCGAGGCGGAGGACCUGGCGGCCCUGGCCUGCGGGGCUCGCGCUAUCGCCGCGCCCGCGCAAGCCGCGCAGUGA